GAAGAAGAAAAUCCUGCACGAGGAGCAGUACUUACCGGUAUCACUGGUUUCGGUUUCCGUUUCCGAUUUGCUAACAAUCGGGCCCUGAUAGAUACCGUUGAUUGGAUUCGCUGUGUUCUGUGGAAAGCAGGUGAUAACAUGGAACUGUACAAUUAUUACAUCUGGGAAAAUGCAGAUCCUCGAACACACAACUGGUUCCUCGCAGGUUCUCCAUUCCCUAUGUUAGGUGUCAUCGUCAUCUACCUCUCUUUGGUAUACUUCAUAGUUCCUAAGUACAUGGAAAAUCGAGAACCAUACAAGAUGAAGACUUUCCUAGGCUUUUACAAUCUGUUUCAAGUAGGAUAUUGCAUUAUGGUGGUAGUGAAGUGCUUGCAAGCCGGAUGGACGCCUGAUUAUUUUUAUCGGUGCUAUGAAACGGAUUAUUCCAAUAAUCCAAAAGCUGUGAUGAUGGCCGAAGUUACGUGGUAUAUACUUUUCAUUAAAUUUGUGGAGUUGCUGGAGACAAUUCUGUUCGUGUUACGGAAGAAGCAAAAUCAGGUUUCCUUUCUUCACGUGUAUCAUCAUAUCAGUACCUUUUUUAUCGCCUACAUAUUUUGCAAAUACGUUGGAGGCAGUAUGCUAGUAUUUUCAAUAGUAGCCAAUUCGAUAAUUCAUAUCAUAAUGUACUCAUACUAUUUCAUAUCAGCAUAUGAUGUGGCCAUUUUUAAGUACGUAGCCGGUAAGGUUAAACGGUAUAUCACCAGUAUGCAGUUGAUUCAAUUCGUGCUGUUGACGACGAACAACUUGUUUGGUUUGCAACCAGGCUGCAAGACAUGCAAACCAUUUCUCGCCAUGUACAUCCCGAACGUGUUUGUUCUUAUCUAUCUUUUUAGCAAUUUUUAUAAGAAAUCCUAUGACAGGAAACAAUGCAAAGAUAAGUAGAACGUUACAUAUGCAAUCAAGUUAGUACGGCUGGGCUGAAGAGAAUUUAGUUGACCCAGAGGUGCUGGAGGUUUCAACAACAAAGAUGAAACUGUGAUAAAUGAAAUUGAUAGUAAGAUCGUAAUAGGCUCGUUUUAAACAAGGACUUAAGAGA